GAGCAGCUGCCUGGACCCCAGCCCCUCUCCCGAGCAGAUGCCCUGACUGCUCCAUGCUGCAGCCUGGCGCCUGCCUAGCCCUGCCAGUGCCCCUCCGUCCUACCCUAUGUUCACCCCCUUGUGUCAGUGGGGGUGACGGGGCUCUGGGCCAGGCCCUUCCCUGCUGGGUGCAGGGAUGCCUCAGAGCAGUCUUCCCCUGGACCUGUGCGAGCCAGGGCCUUGCAGCUCCAUUGCAGGAGCAAUUGGGGCCACCUCAGCACUUCCCCCUGCCCAUAUCACAGCUGCCAACGCCUCCCCUGCGGCUCCAUCCCCCCCGCCCUGCAUCCUUGUGGUCACAGUAGUGUCCGGGCCAGGGAGGUGCAGGGGGCUGAGCCCAGACCUCCACAGGCUCUCCUGGGCUGUGCACCACAUCCCCUGGCCUCCCCUUCCUCCAUCCUGCUGGGCUGUAGGAGCGUGCGGCUCUGUGCCCAUCCCCAUGGGCAGGGACAAGAGGGGCUGGGGGUCCUUUCCGGGUGGUUCAGCUUAAGGACCCACGAAUGGGCUGGCCGCAGGGAUCAACCCAAGGCGUGACUGCGUCCUGCUUCUGCUGGCGAGGUUCCCGUCUCUCCGACCAGCUCACUCGCACAUAUCAGGCCCUGUGCUCUGCCCAGCCCCAGAGCAGUGGGCAAUAAUGCUCUGACGGCCAGGCCGCGCUGCUCUUCGUUGCUCUGCCCCCUCAGCUGUCAGACACCACGGCCCUGGCUCUAGCCUCCUGACAUGUGGCUCUUCAUCACAGGGCCCACAGCCUGAGCAAUUCCUCUGGGGGGGACCAGGCAGGAUCCAGGUGGUGCCCAGCUGCCUGGCAGUGAAAUGGGCUCUGGUCUGGCUGUGCCCAUGACCCCCACGGAGACGAGAGCCACUGCUGGCUCCUUCCUGGGCAGCUCUGGACCCCAUGUGCCCCAGCCACGGGACAUGAGCAGGGAUGUGGAUGCAACCUGGAGGGGCUCACUGCUUUCUCAUUCCCCUCACUGCACUCAGGAGCCCCCAGUGCCCACAGCCAGCUAUGGAGGGCCCAUCAGUGCUGAGCCCAUCCUCCUGGGAGAAACGGCGGGCCUGGGCCCGGCAGAGCCGGUGCUGGCGCACCACCGUGGUGGAGGCCGAGGCCGCAGCUGCCAUGCAAGAUGCCCCCGAACUGCAGCCCCCGCACCUGGACGAUGUCUUCCUGGAAGGAAGCUCAUCCAGCAAGAUCCAGACCUGGCUUCAGGACUGUGGACACAGGUCAACCAUGGAGAACCCCGCCGAAGAGCUCGGCGUGCCUGGCCCUUAUGGAGGUAGCAGCCAUGUCACCAGCUUUGAAGAUGACUUGACACUGGGGGCAGAAGCUCUGCUUCUUCCGAGGAAUGAUAGAGCCUCUGACCGGGCCCUGCUGGAGAACCCCGGGGCCAAGCGACACCUCCACCUUGGGCAGAGCAUGGCAUCCAGCGCGCUCUCCACUGGCACCAACAAGACCAGCUCCAGCAUCACGGAGAUCCUGGAGUGGUGCCAGGAGGACGCGGAGGAGAUCCUCUACAACCUGGGCUUCGUGCAGGAUGAGCUGCAAGCCACGGCCCGCAUUCCCUCCCGGUUCUUCGCUGCCCCCUCCCAGGCCCGGGGCAUCGACUUCCAGCUCUUCCUGAAGGCCCAAGUGCAGCGCAUGGAGAUGGAGGAUCCCUGCCUGACGCUGGCUAGCCGGUUUCAGCAGGUGCAGGCACUGGCCGUGACAGCGGACGCCUUCUUCUGCCUCUACUCCUACGUCUCGAAGACCCCGGUGCAGAAGAUCUCACCCGCCCACUUUUUCUGGGCCUCCACGGACAUCCCCGACCUGCGGGUGGUGCCGGCCAAGCCGGAGGCCCUGUCACCUGUAGACCGGCUCAAGAAAGCCGUGUCCAAGAUGUGCCUGUACACCUCGCCCAAGGCUGAGAAGUCGCCUGGCGGAGACGCUGGGUGCCGCCGCAGCAGCCUGGGCCAAGUGGUGCAGGAAGUGAUGGAGAGGGCCCGGGACAGGUGGUUUUGCUUUGACCGGGCCAACAUAGAGGGCAUGCGGUGGACUGCACCAGAGGGGUCCCUGAGCUGGUGCCAGGGCCCCUGCAGGGCAGAGCCAACGGCUGGGGAUAUUUCACUGCCUCUCUGCCAUGGAGGCGAGGCCACCCCAGCUCCUUCAUCAGGGAAGAGCAGGCUCCCUGCAGUGUCGGGGCUGCACUGGGACCCUGUGGGACCAGUGGCCGGCACAGACUGGGGACACGUGGAGGAGCUGGGUGAUUCAGGCUACCGGGACACCCCAGGCUGCCCUGCAGGACAGAAGAUCAACUUGGGCAGUGCCGCUCCAUGGGCUAGCAUUGCCCCAUUGCCCGGACUGUGCCAUGAGGCCACGGACACUGGCAGGAGGACAUGGGGGCACAGAGAAGGCCACAGAGGGGGUAUGCCGCCUGACACCUGCAGCUGGGAUCACUCAGGCCUCAUGCCUGCCCUGUGGGGCCUGCCGGGAGCUGACGCCGGUGGGGGCUUCCUGAGCAAGGACCAAUGGCAGAUAGAGGACAAACCUUCAUGGGGCCAGCCAGCCUGUCCCCAAGCCCAGGAGGUGGCCAUGCCCUCCUGGGGGGAGACUCUGGCAUCAUGUGCCACAGGUGGCCGUGCCCUCUGGGUGCCAGAGCCGUCUCUUCCGAUGGCGGAGUCCUUCGAAAUGGAAGAGGUGCCGAGUGCGAGUGAGGAUGAGGAAGACGCGCCCGCGGCGGAGGCCAACCCUUCUGCUCCGGCCCUCGCGGAGCCUCGGAGACGUCUGAUGCUGCACGCCACCAGCUCCCGCUCUGACAGCAGUGGCUUCGUGGAGGAGUCGGCGCCCGGGCGGACGCCCAUGGCCCAGCUCACGGAUGCCCCGCUGCCCCCGGGGCAGGCGGUGUAGGGGCAGGACCCCCAGCUGAGAGAGGAAGAUCCCAGCCGCACGCUCCACCUGCCUGGCAGGUCCCCGUCCCCCGCGAGAGCCCCGAAGGGCUCUAUCCUCUGUGUUUCUGGUCAUGAGCUCUAGCUGCCAGUUCUGGUGUAUCCCCUGCUGGCUCCCACACCAGGAUACACAGAGGUCCCUGCCCCAGCCUGUGUACCCCAGGGGGACGGUCACGGUGGCACUAGCACUUUGGAAAGCACAACACUAGGCUGGCUGGAGCCCCGCCUGGGCCCAGCCCCUGCACACUGUAAAUAAAGGCACCGGAGAGAGGAGAGUCUGGGCACGCCAGCAGUCAUGUGUGGCAUA